AAGAGUUCCAUUGUACCGAAAACAAGAUUGUGGUCAGAUCAUAUAAAUAUGAUUUGAUAUCUUUAACAGCUUACAAUCAUUUUUCUAAUACACAGGCAAACCUCAGAAAACACGAUGUUGUUCCAAGGAAAAUUAAUAUUCUUCUUCUCGUGUGUCUUAAGGUUUGUACCUAUUAACGGGAAUUUCGGAUUCCGUAACUCCCGGAGAUUUUUAGACCAACCAUCAUUCUUUUCUACAAGAUCUAACAGAGUUCUAAGAAGAGGAUCUUUGUUGGAUUCUGAUUUAAGAUUAUCUAGAACACGUAUAUCUUCAUCUCCAUGGAGAGAAGUAAAUCAGAGAAAUUAUUUGGACUUAAGUCCGAGAACUUCUGGAAGAUCAUUUAGGAACAGUUGGUCUUCUUCAACACGUGUUUCCAGAGGAAGACCACUAUAUGAAAUGCGAGAAAACAGAUCAAGAAGAAAUAAUAUUCACGAAAUACUGGGACGACAACAAAGUGGUAAAACAAGUAAAGAAGUUCUCAACAGUCCAGUGAUAAACGGAAAUGAAGACAGAUGGGUACAACGAGCUGGAACAGGUACAGUUAGAUCCAGAAGAAUUGAAGACCUACUGAAGCUGAUGUCGCAAAAUCGGAGAGCCGACAUUUUCAAUCCUUUAAAAGGUGAUUUUGGUAGAAAAACAUCGGCUGAGAGAAUGUCAGCAGCUGCAAUUUCAAGGCCUUUGCACGUUUCCAGUCGACAUGAACAGUUGCGGAGACUGGAAAGUUUGGAACCGGUUGAAAAGAAAAAGACAUCUGCAGAGAAGAUUUCGGAACCUGAAGUAAAACUUCAUAGAAGAAUAAUUACAAGACCCAAGGAAGUUCGAAAUCCAAAUGUAUUCUUACGAGUAAGAAAUACUCCAGUACAACGAAGUAAAAUUUUCCAAUCUCUGCCCAUGGAAAGAAACCAUAUAAUCGCAGAAAAGAAAAAAACAUCUGCAGAGAAAAUUUCUAAACCUAAAUAUGAAGUAAAACUUCAGAGAAGAAUAAUUACAAGACCUAAGGAAGUUCGAAAUCCAAAUGUAUUCUUACGAGCAAGUAAUACUCCAGUACAACGUAUUAAAAUUUCCCAAUCUCUGCCCAUGGAAAGACAUAUAAUCGAAGAAAAGAAAAAGACAUCUGCAGAAAAAGUUUCGAAAUCUAAUCAUCGUACAAGGCUUUCAAAUAAAAACGAUUCUAUAGCUAAUCGAAACAUUCUUCUCCUUCAAAGAUUGAAUACAUACUUGCGACAGCAACUCGCUUCCAGAAAACAUACUAACCCCAAACAAACGAUCCAAAGAUCAAAGAAAGUCAGCAAAACGAGUAAGGAAAUACUGAAGGACAAUGACAUUAAACCUGCUACGAAAGCACAUGUUGUCAAUGCCGUCCGCACACCAGAACCUUUAUCAUCCCUCACUCAAAGGCAACAUAGAAGAUCACGUUUAUUAAUGGAGCCAAUGCGAUUUAAUCCCCAUCGACGCCGAUUACCACAACACCACAGAUUGGAAUCUAGCCAUGGUAUUCAGAUAGAUAACCAAAUCCGGUCAAACACAGCGAAUAGCGUAAUAAAGUCACCAGUGUCCCCUCAGAAGCCUCUUUUUGUGGUUUUGAAUCCCUUUACAGGAACUGUUGGUUCUUCAACUUCGUCGAUACAGGACAAAAAGAAAGACACAAGUAAAGAAAACAAGAGUGGAGAAAAACUCACGUGGGUGAAUCCUUAAUCUAAUUAUAUUAACUGGAACAUUAAUCUAACUUAAAUAAAACAUAAUUUGUAAUUUUUUUGUGCAUACGUAUUUUCAAUAAAAUAUUUUCGAACGUUUUAAUUUUAUACCCAACCCUAAACCAUUUUGAAAAAUUGGACGAUAGUCAAACUAAGAACAGUAGCAACUUUUUUCAUUUAAAUAAUAAUUAUGUGUGUGUUAUUUUUUUUAUUGUAGUAAGAUUAAAGAUUAAAUCAAUUUUGAUUGACAUUUUCCUAAUAAACGUAAUGAGUUUUACUAA